AUGUCUGAUUUAUCAAGUGACUCAGACUCCGGAUCGCUAAGUCCAAAGCACGAGGAGCCUAGAGAGCCAAAGGAGCCCUACAUAUCUUCUGAUUCCUCAAACGAGAGUUCUGAAGAAUCCCAGGAAGAAGCCGAAAAGCAAAUUCAGUCCGAGGCCGAAGAAGAGGUCGAAUUUAUUGCAAAUUUGACAAAGAAAAAAGGACUUAAGCGCAAAAGAAGCUUUGACGACAACGAACAAGUGGAAAACCUUGUGGACACGAUACUGAAAGAAAUGAUGCAAGCAGUAGAUGAAGACAUCUCCGCUAACCAAGAUGGACAUCCCGCUUUGAGCAAGCUCAAAAUGCUAGACAAAGUAAUAAAGUUCCUUACAGUCAGCAAAUAUCAUGAUUUGUUCUUAGAAAUGAACGGGUCACUAGUCCUCAGCAAAUGGCUCGCCCAAUCGCCAGAUGGUUCAUUCCCUUCAACUCCAAUUAAAGAAGGACUGCUCCAAGUAAUGCAGGACAUUCCUAUCCAAACUAAAAAUUUAGAAGAGAGUGGCUUAGGGAAAAGUGUAAUGGCAAUUUAUCAGAAUCCAAAUGAAACACUUACACUCCUUUCAGAUCAAGAAUUCUGUUAAAUAAUCCUGCUUUAGGAAUUAUUCUCUUUUAAAUGCAUAUAUUUCUACAUAAAUAUAGCUAGUAUACAUUUAUUUACUCCCCCCCCCCUCCGUGAGCGAACAAAACCAUUAGAAAAAUCGCUAUUUUUUGACCAAAAACCCACCCUCCGUGAGUGAACAAAAAUUUUUUUUAAUAGAAAAAAUUUUAAUGGAAAAAAAUUUUGAUAUAUAAGUGAUAAUUAGUAUAAUGAAAUCUAGAGCUAAUUCUGUUUAAUUUUAAACAAAUUGCGUUUUUAAAACAUAAAUUUUGCAAAUUAAAUUAAUAUUUGCUUCCCAAUUUUUGCAAAUUAGGAUUUUUUUAAAUUUCGAAAAAAAUAUUUUUUAUAAAAUUUAUAUAUAAAUUUUUUUUAAAAAAAAAAUUAACACCCCUCCGUGAGCGAACAAAAUUUUUUUGUUCGCUCACGGAGGGGGGGGGGAGUUAGAAAUUAAAAUGUGAUUGCUAAUAAUGAUAUUUAACUUCAGAAAGAAUAUAUAAUUUUAUAUAAAAUCUUUAUAUAUAUUUAAUGAGUGUUAUAGCAAAAAUCUGCAGCAUGAGAUCACUUUUCCUUUUCAAAUAUUUUCAAUCAGAUUUUUUAAUAUAUAAUUUUAUAUUUAGAAUUUAACCCUAAUAAUACCAAUAAUAAAAUCUGUCACUCUUAAAGCAGGGAGAAUUAGGGUUAAAAAAUUAGCAAAGCAUUUGAUAGAUAAAUGGAGCAGAAUGAUUUACGAAAUUGAUAUUGAUUAUGCUUCUCUUGGAGGAGUGGAAGAAAAUGAAGACUCAGAUGUCCCAGUCACUCAACAAAAUAAAGUGACACUGAAUAAAAUAUUGCACAAUAAUGAUACAAGUGCUUUCACCAGAAUUCCUGAUAAAGGACUAUUUGAUUUUAAGUACAGGCCUCCUCCUAGAGCAAGUGAAGAAAUGGGACACAGCCAGCCACAUACAAGUGAAACUAUCAGCAGGCUAAAGAAAAGGCUUCAAAUGAAAAAGAAAGGGAAAAAGAGAGCCACUGGAAAUAUGAGUGUGGAUGGGAGGUCUCUUUAUUAG